AUGGGUUCCCUCCCUUCCCCUCCACGACCAGUUAUUGAUCUACCACCAUCACCAGAAAGCUCUGCCUCCAACUUUAAAGUUUAUGCCGUGUUUUCCCCAACUGAGCAAUGCCCAAAUACAUACAGAUCUAAUUCGAUUGAAUUUUACAAUCGCUUUAGUAACAGAUGGACUCGCGCUAGCUCUAUCCCUGGCCUAGUUGACAACCAUUUCUUGAAGGGUUUUGCAAUGGUCUCUCUAGGUGACUCCAUUUACAUAAUUGGCGGGAGGCUGUGCCACAGAGAAAGAUCUCAUGGCCCAGAUCAGGAUGAUUCGGAUCAUGACUUUGUAGAAGUGGAUGUUGAUGUCCUACCCUUGGUUUUGUGUUACAAUGUUAGGUCCGAACAAUGGUCCCGAUGUGCACCAUUAGGCACACCACGUUAUGAUUUUGCAUGCUCCGUUCAUGAUAACAAAAUCUAUGUGGCGGGUGGGAAAUCCACUUUAGCUACUGCAAGGGGUCUUCCGUCGGCUGAGGUGUACAAUCCUAGACUCGACAUGUGGACCCCGUUGCCUAAUAUGAAUACUUUGAGGUACAUGUGUGUGGGGGUGACAUGGCAAAGUAAAUUCUACGUGGUUGGAGGAUUUGCUGAGGAAGAGGACUCGGAUUCGAGGCUCAACAUGGUGUUGCGCAGUUCGGCCGAGGUGUACGACACGCAAGCGAGGAAGUGGGACCUCAUACAGGGAAUGUGGCAACUAGAUGUCCCACCUAAUCAAAUUGUCACGGUGGAUGCGAAGCUAUUUAGCUGUGGAGAUUGCCUAAAUGCAUGGAAAGGUCACAUUGAGGUCUAUGAUGGGGAGGUUAACAUAUGGAACGAAGUUGAUGGGUCACAAGGAGCCCUUAAUUCCUUAAGUUCUGCAUCCAACAAUGAUGAAAAUUGGCGGCCAAAUCAAAGGCUUUACCUCACAAUGGCACCGAUAGGAACCCGUAUAUAUUUCUUCACUGGCCACCGGAUGGCUGGGGAAUUAUCAAGAACAAUGUCAAGGGUCCACGUGUUUGACACGUCAGCAACUAGCAACGCUUGGAGGAGCCUUGACCCAAUGGAAGAGGUGGGCUUGAAAGAACUUUUCAGCCAUUGUUGUGUCGUUGAAGUCCAGUAA